GUGUCUAACAGAAGGGGCACCGGAGCGUGGGGACUUCUUGCAGAGUUUGAGCGGCAGGACUGCGACUGCUGCGAGAGUGACCGACUUGGGCCCCAGAGUCCGGCGUGGUGAUGCUGACCCCGGCGUUCGACCUUAGCCAGGACCCCGACUUCCUGACUGUCGCUAUCCGCGUGCCCUACGCCCGGGUCUCCGAGUUCGACGUCUACUUCGAGGGGGUCGACUUCAGGUUCUACGCCAAGCCGUACUUUCUCAGAUUAACCCUUCCUGGAAGAAUUGUAGAAAAUGGAAGCGAGCAGGGAUCCUAUGCUGCAGAUAAAGGAAUUUUUACCAUUCGAUUGCCCAAAGAAACUCCUGGCCAGCAUUUUGAAGGGCUGAACAUGUUAACUGCUCUACUGGCACCAAGAAAAUCCAGGACUGCAAAACCACUUGUGGAAGAAAUAGGUGCUUCUGAGGUUUCUGAGGAAGGAGUAGAAGAUGACGAUGAAGAGUUUGAUUGGGAAAUUGAACAGUCUCCCUAUGAAGAGGUACCAGAAAGUACUUUGAAUCCGGAGUGCCGCUAUGGGUUUGGAAACUUACGCUCAGGGGUGUUUCAGCGGUUACAGGAUGAAUUGAGUGAUGUUAUCGAUCUUAAGGAUCCAGAUUCCACCCCUGCAGCCGAACGAAGGCAGAAACGCCUGGCUGCUGAGCUGGCGAAGUUUGAUCCUGAUCAUUACCUAGCUGACUUUUUUGAAGAUGAGGCAGUUAAACAGGUUUUGGAAUAUAAUCCGUGGUGGAUUGAUCUGUAUUCAAAAAUGAUGGCUUCUUUGGGAAAGAGUCAGGAACAAGAAGAUCUUGAUGCGUUAGUGUGUUUUUCUGAAGAAGAGAAAUAUCAGCUGCGGAAAUUUGUCAAUAAAUCUUACCUGCUGGACAAGAGAGCCUGUCGUCAAGUGUACUACAGUUUGAUUGAUAUCCUUCUGGCAUAUUGCUAUGAAACUCGUGUCACCGAAGGAGAGAAGAAUGUUGAAUCCGCGUGGAAUAUCAGAAAACUAAGUCCAACACUCUGCUGGUUUGAGACUUGGACUAAUGUUCAUGAAAUCCUGGUGUCUUUUGGAAGAAGAGUUUUGUGCUAUCCACUUUACCGCCAUUUCAAGCUGGUGAUGCAAGCCUACAGAGACACUAUAAAGAUGUUGCAGCUAGGUAAAAGUGCAGUUUUAAAGGGUCUACUGGACAUUCACAAAAUUUUCCAGGAAAAUGACCCAGCUUACAUUCUGAACGAUCUCUACAUCUCAGACUACUGUGUGUGGAUUCAGAAAGCCAAGUCCAGAAAGUUGGCAGCUCUUGCGGAAGCCUUAAAGAAAGCAUCCCCGACCAAGGCCCAGCUGGGGUUGGAACUGCAGGAACUGGAAGCAGCGGCACUCUUGGUCCAGGAGGAAGAAGCUGCAUCGAACGCAGGAGCCCGAUGCAUUUCCGGGCAGCAGACGCCUUCCUCCAGCUCUGAGACAAGCGAUUCGGAGGAAUCAGAGAGCAGCACAUCGUCUGAGACCGAGGACUCAGGCUCGGAACACGAGGAGCCCAGCGGUGGUGAACGUGAGGCAGGGCCUUCCUUGCUCGGUCCCUUUGUUGAGGAAAGCAGCUCGGCCCUGCUUCCUGACCAUGGUGGGAUGUGCAGAAGCGUGGUCCUCCCAGGGUCUGAUGAUGGUCAGGGACAGCCGCUCGCCUCUCCCCGGGCUCCUGGGGCAUCUGAGCCUCUAAUCCAGGAGCUUGGAGAACAACUGGAGACUUCGGUUCAGAUUUCUGAGCCCAAGGGCUCUGCUGCUGGACACGUGCUGAAGAGAGACAGCCGGCAGACACCCAAGAAUUGACUCCGAGUGGUCUCAUUCGUUAUUGAGAAUUACGUCAGAUUUGGUUUUGUUGACCGAAUGAGAAUUCUUCAUUUUCACUUUGUACUUUUCCUUAGUGUAUACAACAUUGUUUGUCAGUGAGCUAAUGUUGACACCAGUCGGUUUUCUUGUUGCACCUUUAAAAAUAAAGUUCUAAAGUUUUUCUUAAA